AUGUUCGUUGAUAUCGGAAACGGACGGCUCAGAUGCGUCGCGACAGGUCACAAGGUUGUAGCCUACGAAGAAUCAUACGCUCGUAAAAAAUGGUAUCGUUUGGGACUCAUCGAUCACAUGCCAUUUUCUCGAGCAAGUGGAAAAAGAACUGGAUCAAGCGGAAAGACCAAGAAAACAAGAGGCGGUAAGGAAGAUACUGAUUCCGAUGAAGCAGAUUUUUGGAUGCUUAAGUCAAGUUCUGGUUCAGAGUCAGAGCACGAGGGUGAUGAAGAAAAUUGCAAAGGUUCUCAUUGUGAUGCCAAAGUAUCCGAGGAGCUCUCAGAGAGAUCCCUCUGGCACCGGAGGGGUAUUGCAGUUCAUGAUGGGAAUUUGCAUCUGUCCGUUGGAGUCACCGGCGAGAUUACUAUGGAGUACGAGCUUCUUCCGCCAUAA